CCGUGCUUGCUUACGUUCUCUUCUUCCCUGAAAAUUCUGCUGCUUUGCGGGAUCUGAAUACAGAAUGAGUCGCUUCAACGAUCCUAAUCCCUUCGACGAAGAGGAAGAAGUCAAUCCUUUCUCCAAGGGCGCUGCAGCUGCAGGACGUGUUCCUCCGGUGGCUUCUGUACCUCUUGGAUUUGGGGGGAAACAUGAUGCAACAGUGGACGUACCAUUGGAUACAAUGAAUGAUACCAAGAAAAAAGAAAAACAGCUUGCAGCUUGGGAAGCUGAUCUUAAAAGGAGGGAACAGGAAAUAAAGAGAAGAGAAGAUGCUGUUGCAAAAACUGGCGUUACCCCAGAUAAUAAGAAUUGGCCACCAUUUUUCCCAAUCAUACAUCAUGACAUUGCUAAUGAAAUACCAGUUCAUGCUCAAAGGUUACAAUAUCUGGCUUUUGCAAGUUGGCUAGGAAUAGUUCUUUGUCUUGUUUUCAAUGUUAUUUCUGUGACUGUCUGCUGGAUUCAAGGCGGUGGUGUUAAAAUUUUUUUCCUUUCAAUAAUCUACGCAUUGCUCGGAGUGCCACUUUCCUAUUUGCUGUGGUACAGGCCACUUUAUCGAGCUAUGAGCACUGAUAGCGCAUUCAACUUUGGUUGCUUCUUUCUGCUCUACUUGUUGCACAUUGCAUUCUGUAUUAUUGCAGCCAUAGCUCCUCCAAUUGUCUUCCAUGGGCAGUCAUUGACUGGCAUCCUAGCAGCUGUUGAUGUUAUAUCCAGCCAUGUGUUGGCAGGGGUAAGUUUAUGGUAUUACCAUGUUGGCAUUUGAGAUAUUAGCAUUAUGCCCUAGAAAUCUAGGGAUUGUUUUCCCAUUUCCUUUCUCCUCAAGGUCUUUAACUGGUAUUAUUUUGAGUCUUUGGGCAUAACCUGUUUCUGUUGGGUUGUUUGCAGAUCUUCUAUUUUGUUGGUUUUGGGCUGUUUUGCUUAGAGACAUUGCUGAGUUUAUGGGUUCUCCAGAAAAUUUACUUGUAUUUCAGGGGGAACAAGUGAGAUGUGAUUGAAGGCAGUGGUCCAUUGUGGAUUUGUAAUACUACUGCUUGGGUGGUUUGGUAUAGAUAUAUUUUUCUACCUUGAGUUACGUCUGCUAUUCCACAGUGAUUGUAUUUUCAUUUUUUCCUGUUAAAUGAUUGUGUUAGCGCAUAAAUUCAUUUGUGUAAGAAGCAGAUUAGAGGAAAACCAUCAUUUUGCUUUAGAUAAGUACUUCAAUUAAUUUCAAGUGUUGACAGAAGGGUUUAUCGUGUUCAACGAGCUUCUCUUUGUGGCUUUGGGAUUACUGUA